CCACCGUCCGGUGCCUGGGACUGGGUCCAAGCUGCCAGGCCGGUGGGGCAGGCAGGCCCAGCUCACAGGGGUCUGCACUGCUCAGAGGGGAGCUGGCAGAAGCAGGGGUAAGUCCAGGACCACCUCCGCCAAGGUCAGAGGCCAAGGCCACAACGGAGUCUAGAGCAGCAGGAGGACUACAUUUCCCAGCGUCCCCCAAAGCCGGGGCUGGGCCAUUGGCAGAUUUAAAUAGCCCAGGCCGGAGGCAGCCAGGCCGCAGCUGUGGGCUCCUCGCCUCCCCGGCGGCUCCAUUGGCGCUGGCCCGGCGUUGGUGGGCUCGAUUGGCUGCCCAGCUGGCACUGACGUCCCCCGGAGCCUGGUGGCAGCCGGAGGUAAACAGCCAUGCACAAUCCUCCACUCUAUAUUUAGCAGCUGCCCCAGAGAAGGCGGGGAGGCAGGCAGCGGUGGCGGCUCUCUAGGCGGCUCUUGUCUUCGGGGAGAAGGCCCUCGGAGCCGGGCUGGCACCAGCCUUCUGGGGGUGAGCGAGGUCACCAUGCCAGCUUCCCAGAGCCGGGCCCGCGCCCGGGACCGCAACAAUGUCCUCAACAGGGCUGAGUUCCUGUCCCUGAACCAGCCCCCCAAGGGGGCCCCAGAGCCCCGCAGCUCCUGCAGGAAGGCCUCAGGCCCCUCGGCGCAGCCCUCGCCCGCUGGCGACGGGGCCCGUGAGCGGCGCCAGUCACAGCAGCUGCCCGAGGAGGACUGCAUGCAGCUGAACCCCUCCUUCAAGGGCAUUGCCUUCAACUCCCUGCUGGCCAUUGACAUCUGCGUGUCCAAGCGGCUGGGGGUGUGCGCCAACCGGGCCGCGUCCUGGGCCAGCGCCCGCUCCAUGGUCAAGCUCAUUGGCAUCACAGGCCACGGCAUCCCCUGGAUCGGCGGCACCAUCCUCUGCCUGGUGAAGAGCAGCAGCCUGGCCGGCCAGGAGGUGCUCAUGAACCUGCUCCUGGCCCUGCUCCUGGACAUCAUGACGGUGGCCGGCGUGCAGAAGCUCAUCAAGCGGCGCGGCCCGUACGAGACGAGCCCCGGCCUGCUGGACUACCUCACCAUGGACAUCUACGCCUUCCCCGCCGGGCACGCCAGCCGCGCCGCCAUGGUGUCCAAGUUCUUCCUCAGCCACCUGGUGCUGGCGGUGCCCUUGCGUGUGCUGCUGGUGCUCUGGGCCUUCUGCGUGGGCCUGUCACGCGUGAUGAUCGGCCGCCACCACGUCACGGACGUCAUCUCGGGCUUCGUCAUCGGCUACUUCCAGUUCCGCCUGGUGGAGCUGGUCUGGAUGUCGUCCAACACCUGCCAGAUGCUCAUCUCUGCCUGGUGAACCGCCUGCCGCGGCUCCGGGACAGGGUGGCCUGAGGAGGCAGGGUUGGCGGCGGGUGGCGGGGCCGACCCUGGAGGCCCAGGGGUGGAGCCAGCCACCCCCACCCCGUCUUCCCGUCUUGGCUGCAGGCCGGUGACCCAAGGCCGGCCCGCCCCGUGACUGUGGCCGGCCUGUGUCGUAGCGCCAGGCCUCUUGCUCUCUGGGCGGGCCGGGACCCACCUGUGGGGACAGCCCGAUUUAGCUUCUGCUCUGGAGAUAACCGGCCGGAAUCGAGAUGCUGGGAGGGGCCGAGCCGUGUCUUGUCCUUUCAUCGCCAUGACUGUUGAGUUUUUGGCUGUGCCCAUCACACCACAGCACGAUGCCAACUCACCCCACCUACCGCCUGGCGCAGGUGCCGUGGCCGUUAGCCUAAGGCAGCACUUUCCAAAGGGGGCCCUGCAGGACCCCGGCCUGCAAGAUGCUUGUAGCGGGGAGGGUUUUGUGGUCCAAUAAGUCUGGGAAGUGCUCACACUCUGCCCCCAUUUUGGACAUUGACAAGGGCCGUUGUUGUCAUAAAGACUCUGAUAAGUUCCGUAGAACGGCUUCUUGCUGAGCCUUGUUCAACCCAUGUUUCCUAAACUUACUUGACCACAGAACCCUUUUCUUAAGGAACCUACCAGCCCCCAAGGAACCACUGUUUCCUCAAGCGCAUUUUGGGAGCGGCUGCCCAAGAGCCGAAGGGCCUGCGUGCAAGCCGGCCUCUCCCAGCACCCGGCCGGGGCCUGCGGAGGCCAGGUGCACACGCCACAGCCCGUGGGCGUCGGUGCGGUUUUGGCCCCCAGGGGCCGGACUCCAUGUGACCUAAUAGGUCGUUUCCAAGUCAACUAUUCAUGGAUGUGCGUUUCAUGGGACAAUACAGGUGACAUGCAAACGGA